AUGUCUGGAAUAGCAGGCGACCUCCCUAAUAUCAAAGCGGAGAACCUCCGCGACCUCAAAGCCCUAACGUUCGACGUCUUCGGCACGGUCGUAGAUUGGCGUUCCUCGGUAGUCGAGGAACUCACGGCCCGCGCAAGGGCCAAGCUCGACUCCUCCACCAACACAACCACCGGGGAGGAGAAGGAGAAGCUGGAGACGCUCGCGGCCGUAGACUGGUCCGCCUUCGCGCAGGAGUGGCGGACGUCGUACAUGCGCUUCACCCGGGGCUACGUCCCCGGCGAGACGCCCUGGAAGGACAUUGACACGCACCACCACGACAGCCUCGUCGCCCUGCUGGAGGGUCGGGGGCUGGCGGGGGUGUACUCUGACGACGAAGUCCGCCAUCUGAGCCUCGCGUGGCACCGUCUCCGGCCGUGGGCGGAUUCGGCCGCGGGCCUGCGCAGGUUGGGCGGGAAAUUUGUCACGUCGACGCUGAGCAACGGGAACAAGGCGCUGCUGGGGGACCUCGAUGCGUUUGGCGGGCUCGGGUUCCGGCGGAUCCUGUCGGCGGAGGAUUGGAGGGUGUAUAAGCCUAAUCCCGCAGUCUACGACGGCGCGGUGGAGGUUUUGGUUGGUGGAGCGGGGGGCAAGGCGAGGGAGGUUGCGAUGGUGGCGGCGCAUUUGGGGGAUUUGGCGGCUGCGCGGGGACGGGGGAUGAGGACUGUUUAUGUGGAGAGGCCGUUGGAGGAGGAUUGGGAGGUGGGGAGCGAGAGGUAUGAGGAUGCGAAGGGGUGGGUUGAUAUCUGGGUGAAGGAAGGGGAGGGCGGGUUCGAGGAGGUUGCGAGGCGGUUGGGAGCUUGA